UUUUGCUAAUUUUUGCUGUUCCAAGCCAUUAAAGUAACAUCUAAGGGGGAAUGAUAAAGUGAUCAAACAUUUGCCAACAAACUGGGUGAAGAAUACAAAUAAAUAUGAUUCUCACAUUAAUGAGACCUGUUGAUGUUGUCUGUUUGCCUUUUCUGACUGACCUUGUAGUAAAUGAUUUAUGAAGAGAGGUGAAAGGGGAGCGGAGGAGGAGCAUUUCCUCUAGUUCUCUAUUUUUCAGUCAUUGGGAACAUUUUUCAUUGCUUUACUUCUUUUUAGUUUCCUUUUCCAAAGCUGAAGAAAGACAGAAAAGCUGAGCGUCAGUCAUCUGUGAAAUAUCCCAGUGACACUCUUGUUUUUUAUUCACCUAUGGAGUCAUACAUGUUGGAUUGUUUAUUAUGUUUGCUCCCUUGCUCCUUGUUUUUCCUGCUGAGUUUGGGUCUCCGCUGGCCGGGGUUAUGCAGUUGGGUAAAUGCGGCUGUCAGGGCUGCAGGCUGGAAGCUGUGGGUCACAAUCUGUCUGAUCCUGGAGCUGCCGCUGCUGCACAGCGACGAGGAGCUGAAGCCACCAGAGACGUUAUCAGGUCAGACCUCAUUUGGACCCAGGCUCAUCUGUAAACCCUCAGCACUGGCCAGGUAUCUGCUGCAGCACUGCGGCUCGCUCACAAAGGCAAAACUGGCCGACUGGCCCUGGGGAGACCCCCACCUGCAGACGGUCUCCAGCCAAAUGUGUGGAGAACAUGCAGACAGCAUCCAGUUCACCAGAGAGCACCUCCUGCUGAAGGACGGGGGGGUCGUGGCGCUGGACUGGGUGACAGCGAAAAGGAGGUGGGAGGUGAAGAAGGAGCAGCAGUCAGGGAGGAAGGCCAUCGGGUGUUUCACCUCGACACCUCCCGUUCUCCUCCUCAUCCCUCAGUCCUGGGGAGGGACGACCCCCCACCUGCAGCGGCUCUGCCAACAGGCCGCGCGGCAGGGCUUCUCUGUGGUCGUGUUUCACCAUCGGGGCACAGCCGGGUCGCCCCUCACCACAGCAAGAAUCUGUGAGUUUGGAGACCCGGCGGAUCUGGAGCAGGCGGUUGUGUAUGUCCGCAGUCGGCACCCGUCCUCCGUGUUGGUUGCGGUGAGUGAAGGAUCGGGCUCCGCCGUCCUGCUGUCCUAUUUGGGCGAGCGAGGUUCAAGCACCUGCCUAACAGCAGCUGCAGCCAUCUCACCUGUGUUGCUGGGGCAACUGUGGUUUGAAAGCGCCAUGCCGCCUAUUUACCGCUGGGGGGUGCUAUUUCACAGAAAAAUGCAGCUGAGCAGAUAUGUCAGUUCGCUCCGAGGAAUCCUGGAUGUGGAUCUUGCCCUCCGAUCCUCCAGCCUCAGAGAUUUUGAAGAAGCUCUUUUCUGCUCUCCCACUGAGAAAGCUUCUCCAUCCACAGAGAGAAACCCUUCAUCUCCCUCCCUCAGGGGCCUAACAUCAGCAGCGGCCUGGGCUCUGGGUGAAAGAGCUUACCCAGCAGCGGACUGGGAGAGCUACUGGGGGAGGAAUGAACCUCUGAGAGAUGCAGAUGAGGUGGCGGUCCCAGUGCUCUGCAUCUGCAGCUCUGAUGAUCCUCUCCUCCCUCCAGCCUCCAUGCUCCCCGUUUCCCUUUUCCAGAGCAACCCUUACUUCCUGCUGGCGCUAACAGACAGAGGAGGGCACUGCGGGUUUGCCCUGGACGCCGACCGGCAGACAGGUGAAGGGAGGACAAGAAGUGAAGAUGAGGAUGAAGGUAUCUGGAGUCAUAUCGCAGUGCUGGAGUUCCUAAGAGUGGCGUCUGACUUCCUGAAAGAGGCAGAAAGGGAUUGGAAAAGCUGGAAAGGCCAACAGGAAGUAAACAGCGUCAAAGGACAGAAGAGCAAGAUGAACGCUGCAGCGAUGCCUCGUCGGAGGAGAGGCGCCAUGAUGAAGAGAUCCAGAGCCCAGCCAGCAGGGCAGAGCAGUGUGGACGAUGUGGACGGAGAGAGCUUCACCUGGAAGAGGUCUUUCACUCGAUAAGACAUUUUCAGAUAUUUUAUACGUUAGGUUUUCAAAACUAGAAAAAUAAAUUCUUAUCCAAAAAGGUCAGUCCAGGGUCAUGUUUGUUGAGUUUCUCCACCUCCUGUGUUGAAGACCAAUAUUUAGAACCUGAAGGGACAAACUGCUCAGUGGUGCUUCUCAGGUCUGGAGAUUUUUUGUUUCAGAACGGCAUCUCAACGCUUCGCAGUUUCACGGUGGUGAUGCCUGCAGGAUUUAGUCUGUCAAAGUGUUUCUGAAAGACAAACUACAUGUCACAAUAUGGCUUCACUGUAUUUAUAUCACACUGCAAAAGCACCAAAUCUCAUCAAGUAUUUCAGUACAGUUUAAAUAAAACAAAAGUAGCUUAAAGUAACUAAAAGCAUUAGUUACACUAGCAGAUAACAUGUCUUAUUAUACGUGAAAUACUUUUUCAAGGGAAAUACUUUUUUAUCAAUAUUAAGGAAUUAUUGACUCAAAACAAGCGUUGCUACCUUCAGAAAAUAUACUUGUACGUUAGUUUUGUCUUAUUUCUAAUGUACUAACAUAUUUGCACUAGAAACUAGAGCAUAAAAACAUGGGGAAAUUUUGUUUUUGCAGUGAAGUCAGUAUUAAUUACCCCCCAUGGAUUAAUGUUUAAAUACAACUUCCUUUACAUUUAUUAUCAGUUUAUGAGACUGAAAAUUUUCAUGAAAUAAAAUUGUACAUACCCAGGUGAAAAACACGUAAAGCCACUGGCAGUGAAGGAAAGUGCUAAAAUGUUUGACACCAAAUUUUGUUCUCUUACUCAAGUUUCAAUCAGGAUCAAGAAAUAUAAUUUUUAUGCCAAUAUAUUAAAAACUAUAGUGAGAAAAAUAAAUAUAAGCAUGUCAUAAUAUACAAAUUCUGCCAUUUAAACUGAGGUUUUUGUAAAAUGAUGCCAACAUACACACUAUGCAACAGAGAAAUAUUAAAAUUACUUUAUUACAGAUGAUUCUUUAUCCAGUAGCCCUCUUCCAACAAAAAAUAGUAAUUACAAACAAAAUAUUACAUUUAUCCCCUAAACUUUGCAUCUGAGUUACUUUUAUACAUUUUAAAUCACUUAUUUUUCAUCUGAAUGAAUAUCUAUUCUCUUCUGCUAUGCAACAUUCAGCUUUUUUUAUUUGUAAUUUUUUUUUUUGCACAAACUAUACACUUUAAUACAGAUCUGUGGACAAGGGAGAAUAAAACAGCACGAUUCACCAAAUAUGACAGGA